CAGCAACUUGCAGAACAAGUUUUUUGGGGGACACUUAGUGAAACAAAAUGGCGGUUCCUGUCGACUUCUGGCUGGUACUUGUGACAACCGUAACGUUAGCCUACGUAAGCCUCGCCCUCCCAACGUAUAAUGGACGUACAGAGGACCUGUCAAGAAACAGAAGGGCUGCGGAGAAGUCUGACCUCAAUGUCGCUAUAGACGGCAUGCUCGCCAACGUGGAGGGUGUGCUUGAUCGCUUGCAUCGACCGGAAAACUCCGACGAUGACCGAGACGAACCCGAAAUUUACCGACACGAAAUAAACCGAAAGGAGGACGAAGAACGACUGGACGAAUUAAAACAGGCGGACAAUGGACUGAAGCAUGUUCUCGAGGAAUCCAAGGAAAGUGAGGGAGAAAAGAUCGAUGCUUUGGAAGACCUCGGCAAAGCUCUUGCCAAAGCUGACCAAGACGACGAAAAAGAAAGUAUUGAUGGAGAAAAGACAGAAGGAGACAAAGAAGAAGAAGAGACUAAAAAACAAGAAAAGAAAGAACAUGAAACUGAAGAUAAGAAAGAUGACGAUGAGGUCUCUGAUGAUAAAAGUGAAGAGGAGAGCACAGGACAAAAGGAGAAGGAAGAAACAACAGAUGACAUAGAUGCAGACCAGGCAUAUGCUGAUAUCCAAAAGGCGAUGGCGGAAGUAGACGCCUUAAGAAGGAAAGAGGGACACGAAGAUACGGAGCAUAAGGAAGGAAAGGAUGUAGACGAGAGUGAUGAAGACGAAAAGAACGAAGUUGAUGAAGAUGAAGUAAAAGAUGAAAAGGAGUCAGAAGAGGAUGAGGCAGAGGAUGAUGAUAGGCAAGGGGGAAAAGGCUCGAAAGAGGAAGGGGAUGAACCGGAGGGAGAAGAGGAGGAUGGGGAUAAAGAGGAGGAAGAACAGGAGGAAGGGGAUGAAA